AUGGCAUUUACUUUCGCUGCCUUCUGCUACAUGUUGUCCCUGGUCCUAUGUGCAGCUCUCAUCUUCUUUGCGAUUUGGCAUAUAAUUGCCUUUGAUGAAUUAAGAACAGACUUCAAAAGCCCGAUUGAUCAGUGUAAUCCUGCGCACGCGAGGGAACGACUGAGAAACAUUGAGCGAAUCUGCUUCCUCCUCAGGAAGCUGGUGCUUCCGGAAUAUUCCAUUCACAGCCUGUUCUGCAUCAUGUUCCUAUGCGCUGAGGAAUGGUUAACGCUUGGGCUGAACGCCCCAUUGCUCUUCUAUCACAUCUGGAGGUACUUCCACUGCCCGGCAGACAGCUCAGAGUUGGCGUAUGACCCCCCUGUAGUCAUGAACGCCAGCACCUUGAGCUAUUGUCAGAAAGAAGCCUGGUGCAAGCUAGCGUUUUAUCUCCUCUCCUUCUUCUAUUAUCUAUACUGUAUGAUAUACACUUUAAUGAGUUCCUAAAGGAAGAAGAAGACGGGAGAUUAGGAGAAAACUUUAAGAAGUCACCAGGUUUAGAGAUUAUCUACUCGUCCAUCACGUGGUGCGGAAAAUACCUCUGGUGGAUCGGAUAUGGUGGCCCUGGAGAUGUGAGAAGUUCCUGACCUUAGAUUGUAUCUAUAUGUUUAGCAACCACUAGAGAGUUGACCACACCGGUGGUCAGGACGCUGGAGAUCAUGGACCAAUACAUGACAUUCAUUGAUGGAUUAUAAACUUCUUGGAUAACAGGAAAGCAGGAUCCUUGGGAGAUGUGGUCUACAAGAUGGCUGCCCUUAUGGGGUAUCCAUCAUCCUUUACGUCUCUUCUAUAUUGCAAUAAUACACUUCACGUUUUUAUGCUGAUGUCGAUGUCCAAGUCGGCAUUGAGGACUCUGCUAAUGGGUGGAUUUGCUUACAUCUCGUCUAGUCUUCAGAUGUCGCUAUGUGGCGAAUCCUAAUUGAUGGUAAUUUCUUCUGAGAAGCACCGGCUCUACCGUACCUGCCGCGAGUGAUUACGGAUUAUUCUUUUUUCUUUUUUUUUUACAGUUUUUCAGCCUCGCAUUAGUUCGGUGAAGUCAUCUCUCAGUUUGACAUGAAAUUAUCCUUUACUACAUGCUGUGCACUUGGAAUGCUAAUUCAUCCACGACAGAUCGGGGGUCGGGAAUGUGUAUUUUAU